CCACCAAAUUAGAAACUUUGUACUUAUAAACUUCACUUCCAUCUAAUUAAGCUAAGAAAAAACUCACAACACAAACUACCAUACAACAAAGAUGGCUAAUCUAAUUGAGAAGGGGACUAAGAUCGUCGGCGUUGGCCGUAACUAUAUCGAUAACAACCCCGCUCCGAUGCCUAAGGAACCAGUGUUGUUCUUGAAGCCAACAUCAUCCUACUUGGAAAAUGGAGGAACAAUUGAAAUCCCAGCUUCAAUGGAGCAAGUCUGGUAUGAAGCUGAGCUUGCUGUGGUUAUUGGCAAGAAAGCUCGUGAUGUUUCUGAAUCUGAGGCCUUGGAUUAUGUUGGAGGCUAUGCUUUAGGACUUGAUAUGACAGCAAAGGAACUCCAAGCCACAAUUAAGGCAACAGGUCUUCCAUGGCUACUAGCUAAAGGACUCGACACGUUUACCCCUAUCAGUGAAAUGAUUCCAGUAUCUGCAGUGCCUGAUCCUCAUAACUUGGAGCUGUGGUUGGAUGUUGAUGGAGAAUCGAAGCAGAAGGGAUCGACAAAAGACAUGAUAUUCAAAAUCCCAUUCCUGAUUAGCCACAUCAGUUCCUUCAUGACACUUAUGGAAGGAGAUGUCAUCCUAACAGGCACCCCAGAAGGUAUCGGGCCUGUGAAACCCGGACAAAAGAUAACUGCUGGUAUAACAGGUCUGGUUGACGUUCAUUUCUGUGCUGAAAGACGGAGCUCACCAGUAAGCAACUAAUCGCGAUUUGCCAUGGAAUUGAAGCUAGCAAGCAUCAUUUAUUUAUUCAAAGUUUACUUCGUAUUUGUUCAAGUUACGUUGUAAGUUGCUGAUCUACCGAGAUCAUGCUGGAUUUUAUCAGUCAAGUAAUAAAUUCUUGCACCAUUCGAAUUUAGAAUGCUGUUUA